UUCAGUCCGCUUUAGAUGCACGUUAAUCUAAACCUGACUGACUUCAAAUGGGAUCUUCGAAUUAGGAAUGUAGAUGUUGGGUUUUAGUCCUUUAAAUUUCCCUUUCCCAAGAUCAAUUGUGAAGAAAUGAAAUUGGACUUACAAAGCAAGUCCAACCCACUUAAUAAAACUUAAAAGGAAACCUCCAGAGAUUGGCUUAGACUUUUUCAUUCAAACCGACCUGAAAAUUUUGACGACUUUGCACAAGAACGACGUGACAGGAAAUGUUGGUUCAAAGGCAGGCGACGACACGUUGGUGUACUCUUCACGACCUCUUCUCUUGACUCGUUGAGUGAAUAUCUGCCAAACAAAUGAUCCAGAGGAUUCUUUUCUGGAUGACGCUGACACUUCUUCAAGGGCGUAAGCUCUGUUCUAACUCAACUGAACCUUUUUUGGGGGGAAGUUCCUAUCAUUGAAUCGUUGCACUUUUGGCAAAUGUAGCUACGGCGUUUAAAUGUGCCAAAAUGUCGAACUACACUCUUAAGCAGUGGCCGGCCGAGUUGGGCCCGCUGCGUCGAGGUGACCAGGUCCACCUCUUGUGCUCGGUGCUGUUUGACCCGAACGACGACACGUGUACGGGGCAGCGCAGCGUGCGCUGGCUGCGAGUCGGAUCGCGUUCGGGUAUCGUCCAAGUCCGUGGGAAGUCAAAUGAAGAAUGCGAGAGUCCCAAACGUUGCCUCUACAAGCUCUCCAUCAAUGUCAGCGAGUCGGAUAGCGGCGCCUACUUCUGCGCUCUGGAGGCUUGUGGGAACCUCAUAUUUGGAAAUGGAACAAAACUGGACUUUCAUGAAAACGAGAUGUCGCCAGCCGACGGUUCACACAGCGACACUCUUGUGAUUUUGUCUGCCAUCUUGGCCUUAAGUCUGCUGGUCAUCGUCUUUCUGCUACACGUCAUCGUCAAAACCAACGCAGCCUCUGUUUCAACGGAAAGCAAGAAGUCGGGUGACUUUCAAGGACAUCCAACAUUAAAUAGAAACGAAGACUCCUGUCUUAACUCUGCUGUGAUCUUCACCAUGGUAGAAAACAAAACGGUGGACGCGAUAGAGAGACGGCGCGUUCGCUAACGACUCGGGCCGGCCGCUCCGACGCACUGAAAGCUAGCUCACUAGCAGGCUAAAUGCUAGUUAGCUACAGUAUUGUCAUUUGUUAUUUUUCAGCAAUUUGAGUCAAAGAAGAAUAACUGUUCUAUUUUCAUUACUUAGAGUACAAAGUUUGCAGGUGGAAUGCCUCCAUGGGGGGGGAAUGUAACAUGAAUAAAAGAAUAUCUGAAAAUCGCAA